UCAGUGACGUUGAAUACGAUAUAAUGGAGAUCAAGCAAGUUUUUCUGAAAACACGUGCCGAUUUUGGCAAGCAAUGCAUCUUCGACACAUGCGGUCCGCACUUGGACGAGGAUAUCAAGCCGGAUCCUAGCGCUAUGGCCCAUUAUAUUAGAAAGUCUUACUGCAACGUCGGCAUGCAGCACACCAAACAGUUGGCCUUGCACGAGGUUACUAAUAAUCCGGAAUAAUAAUUAUAUAUAAAAAUUUUUUCUCGGGAACUUAUUACAUUCGACAUUAACUAUGUGAUGUGAUUAAAAUUCAUCAAA